CCCGCCGAGCCAUUGAACGCGAGACAGUCAGCGGCCGCCUUUUCUCUCGCUUUUUUCUCCCCAAAAUGUCUCUUGCUCAGCGCAGUCUCACGUUCGGGAUCCAGGAAAAUGUCCCCAAGAAAAAGGUGGCAGGCGACGAGCGCAAGAGACUGGGCGUCAUUCAGCCCAGCGCCCAGAAGCAAUCGCGCCUUUUGCUCUCUUCCAAUGGCGGCUUGCGAGUCCAUUCACCAAGCAGAGGGAAGAAGAGAAAAAAUGACGAGAACAGCUGCCAGACGAAGCCGAAGCGGGCCGACGGCAUCUUCGAGGACCCCGUGCAGCCCGCCAAGAAGCAGAAGACCUUCGCGUCCAUCGCCGUGCAGACCGACGACAGCGCCCCCGUCGCCAUCCUCACGCCCAGAACGCCAGUCGCGUCCAAGUCUUCCUCGGAACCCAGUGCUGCCUCGAAGACGGAUGCCGGGACCAAGUGCAGUACACUUGAUAUGCUCACAUGUGACACGCCUCCCCCCGAGUAUUGGGAGAGCCUGGCGGAGAAGCGGCGGGAGGCCCUAGAGGAGACGCUCGAAGAGAACCACAAACUUCACGAAGAAAACGCCUCGUUGCAGAAGGAGGUCACGGUCUUAAAAGAAGAGAAUAAGCUGCUCGAGGAGAUGGUGGAAGAGGCGAAGGGCCUGGCGGAGAUGGUGCAGGAACUCACGGGACAAGCAGAGUCUGAAGCGGCCGCAGAGGAUUCCUCCAGUGACAAACAGACGGAAGAUUUGUAAACGAAACUUCGCUGUACAAGAGACUCUCAAAUGGGAGUUUCUUAUUCUUUUAAUGUAUAGAGGACUGUGAUAGCUUUACAAUGUUGCCAUUAUUUUAUUUUUAUGUAAUGGUAUUACAGUACAAAACGUUUACGAUUAACAUGUACGUUAUAAGGUAGAUUUGUAAUGUACCAUAUGGUAGUCAUGUUUCUGUGUGUUACAUAAGUGUAAAUUGUAUAUAUUAGCCAAAGAUGAACAUAAUGCAUUUGCACUUCAUGUAUAGACGAACCUUAGGUGUAAUAAAUUUUUAAACAAAUUGACAAA